AUGGCCAAUGAUCCUGAUGGCUCACGACCUUCUAAGCGAGUCAAAGUACUAUGGGAUGAUAGCGACAACGAGAGCUGUGCCCAUGACGCUCCGUUAGAAUCGCACACGGGAUCUCUCAGCUUGUCUGUCAAUGAGCAGUAUGCUAAAAGAUUCGAAUACAACAAGCGAAGAGAAGAACUUCAUAGAUUGCAAGAGAAGUAUGGACAUUCAAGUAACCUCGAAGAAGACGUGAACGCCCACAACGAUGGGGAUGACAAUCAAGGAAGCUCUACACACUCAGAGGAAGAAGAUGAAGAGGAAGACGACGAGGGAAUCCUGGCCUCGAAUGCAUUGGAUAUGAGAAUCAAGGAGACACUGGAGGCAAUCCGGAAAAAAGACCCCCGAGUAUACGAUAAGACUGCUAGGUUCUUCCCGCCUGCGAAUGAGGAAGAUGCAGAAGUUCCUCGUGCUCAGACGCCAAAUCCAAAGCCUUUGUACCUUCGUGACUACCAGCGAGGACAUUUGCUUGCUGGAAAUGAUGAAACCGGUGAAGAAGGUCUGAAUAAUGGGUCAUACUUCCAGCAACAAAAUGACCUCAAGGAUAAUCUCGUAAGGGAAAUACACGGAGUUGCUCAAGAUCAAGAUGAUGCGGACAGUGAAGAAGAAGGUAGUGGAGAAGGUGAUUUUCUUGUCACUAAACCAAAAUCGUACAACCAAACCGCCAAUCUCCAGGGCAUUGACGAUACCGAUAUUAAAAAUGCAGACCAAAACCCGGAGACAUAUUUGUCCAAAUUCAUGUUCACCAGGGCUUGGAUACCAACAAAAAGCUCCCGGUUUCAGCCCUUCGAGUCUGACGAUGAGGAUGAAGAGCGGCGGGCUGAGGAAUAUGAAGAAGCAUACAACCUUCGUUUUGAGGACCCAGACAAGGCCAAUGAAAAGCUUGUAUCGCACGCACGUGAUGUGGUAGCAAAGCAUUCUGUGCGCAAAGAGGAUCUGAAACCACGUAAGAAAGCGCGGGAUGUAGAGCGAAUGAGACGGGAAGCAGUCAACGAGGUCCAAGAGCAAGAGAGGGCCAGGUUGCGAAAGCUCAAAGUCAAUGAGUUGGAAGAGAAGCUACAGAAAAUCAAAGAGGCAGCAGGGGUUUCUGGAAAGUUGCCCAACGAUCAAGAGUGGUCGAGCUUCCUCGAAGAAACGUAUGAUAAUGAACGAUGGGAAUUAGAAAUGCGGAAGCGUUUUGGAGAUCCUUACUAUUCUCAGCAAGAACAUAAUAAUGAGCCAAGUGCCAUUGAGGAAGAAGGCGAUAAGAGAGCAAAAAAGGGACCGAAGAAGCCCAGAUGGGAUGAAGAUAUUGAGAUAGAUGAUCUGAUCCCCAAUUUCAAUGCAGCUGAUGAAGAUACGCAAUUAAUGCUGAAGUCAGCUGUUGAUUCUAAUGAUUCAGAUGAAACGGGUGGUGUGAAGCUGUCUAACAGCGCUGAGCACUCGAACAAUACGCGGGCGACAACAAACAACGAGCAAGGGAAGAGGGAACAGCGCCGCGAACGACGGAAGAUUGAGCAUUUGGUUGACGAACAACUGCAGACGAAGCAUACCCUGUCGAAAUUCGGCGAGAAACAUGCCGGUCGUUUUCGCUAUAGAGACACAUCCCCUUUAGCUUUUGGUCUGACCCCUCAAGACAUUCUAAUGGCGUCUGACAGCCAAUUGAAUCAGUACGUUGGGCUGAAGAAGAUGGCUGCGUUCAGAGAUCCAGGCAAAAAAUCUAAAGACAAGAAGCGCCUUGGUAAGAAAGCUCGACUGCGGCAAUGGAGAAGAGACACCUUUGGAGACGACGAAGGCCCCAAGCAAUCGUUCACGGAUAUUCUCAAUGAUCAACAGAAACAUAUGAGUAUACGGUUGGAAAGGGAGAGCAAGACAGGCACUCUUGAUAUUAGGGAGGGCAAGAGCCGGAGACACCGGAAAGGGACCAAAAGAAAAGGAUUGAACUGA